GCACGGGAUUCUGUUAGAGCAGUCGUAGGAAAGUGUGAGCUUUUGUUACAGAAAAAAUUGCCAUUUUUUAAAAGUUUAAUUGAAAUGGCCGAGAAAAGUGUUGAAUCGUGUAACACUGAUGAUAAUGAUACACCAAAAACGGAUUUAAACGAUCUUCUUGGCUAUUGGACUUUAGUAUCUAAUGAAAUUCGUCUAUCUGAUAAUGCUUUUGAACGUCUACGUAUUUGGCGUGAAGACUGUAACUGGUCAGUGGAGCAGUAUCCUGUUACUCCAGCCAGAUCGGAAAUUAUUAAACGUCGUGGUCGUCCACCAAAACACGUAAAAAAUACAACGACAAUAACAUCACAUCCAAAGAGAGGUAAACUGAAAAAUUCUCAACCUGUUAACAGUGAAUUUGUCAACGCGAAUGAAGUAGAGAAUGCGUUAACUUCUCCAACAUCAGACUCAGUUGGUAUUAAAACACCUAAGGUAAUGAAUGAUAUUCGGUUGAUAUUCUGUAUUAACAGUGGUAAUAAUAUUGUUUACAGGUUUAAUCAUUAGUUGACAUCAGUUAGAGCACCAUUGGACCAUUGGAUCGGUUCCCAGUGGGUGAAUAGUCUACUAGCUCGCCUUGUUCAAACCAUAAAUCAACUACCCACUUGGUCCUAGUUCAAUUCCCAGCUGAUCCACUUUUAAAUCUCACUUAGUUAACUAGCCGAUAGUAAACUCGGAAAAGAUGGGGGUGACGGGAGAGGGUGUUGAAGUUAGCAACCUCCUCCCCCCCCCUCCAACUCGUAAAACCAAAUCAACACUGUCUCUAUUGAAAUUUCAAAGCUUAAGGCUUGAUGACCUAUUUUCUAUUCGAAACACGCAGGGAGUAAUAAUAAGAGACCACAACUAACGGUUAUUAAAACACAAACUUGUUACAUCAUGAGUAUCAAGAAAAAUGCGCUCCAAAAAAUUUCAUAGUUUGUGCGCCAAGGCUACGCUACUUCCCAGACGGCCCAGACUGAAGCACAUGGUUAUGCUAAGGGAGUUACUUCUCCUGAGCCUUUGACUUUAAGUCUGAUCCACAAGGUAGGUAGUGAAUCAGCAUCAGGAGUUACGUUCUUAUGAUUGACAGUGACCAUUAGAUCCUUUCGGAUUCUGGAGCCCAUGUACAUCAUAGGUUUUGAAUCAGGGUUUUACAGAUCCCUUAGUUAGACCUGAAUGUCCAUCAGUCCGGUUGUAAGUUCCAGACUUCCGUAUUCACCUCUUCAAUUUUAUAUGAAGUACCCGCCGCGUAAAGACAGUGAAUAGGAUCUGCUUGACAGAGUCUGUGAACACGUGGCCACAUGAAGAUUUCGAGGCAAAGACAGAAGUCUACCCACCCUCGGUUGCACCCGGUGGUUUGUGACGGCUGCUAUAGGAAUAUUUUUUGAACUACAUCAGUGAACUGAACACAGCAAAAUUCUAAUAAUCUUGUGACACAAUUAUUAUUAUCAUUGCUAUAUUCAAUCUCCCAUUAUCAUGUUUCACCUUAUCCCAAGUGUGUGUAUUAUAUCAUAAUCAUGAUAGAUGUGCAUAGUAGGUUAUAUAAUGAGUUUAUAAAGGUUUUGGAUUUUUGGAAGUUUACUAAUCAUUGGAUACCUGGUUGUUGUGAUAUUAACAGUGUGAAAGAGAGACUCUCAAGUGAAACACGUUACUUUUAUGUUUGUAGUGAAAUCGAAGGAGUGCGAGUUGUAAUCAUCCAUUAAGAUGCAAGAAAAUAUGUCAGUUAUAUUUACGCACUGUAUUAGUACAUUCGAUGUAAAGUGUGAAAAUAGAUCGAUAGCAAAAUCAACUGAGUACAGGUAAUGAUCUUUGGUUCAGGUAUUCACAAAACCGGUUUCAUCAAAUAUUGUCUAAAUCUCAAUGUUACUCUAGUCAGUGAAGUGUUAUUAAGUUAUUCAUAAAUGAUUCUGAAGUGUUAAUUCUCGAGGGUUUGAUUAGUUUCAAAUUAAAUCACGAACUGAUAUCAGGGACACUGAAAAACAAUUUCACCCCGCCUUUGAACUCUUGAACAGCACUCAUCUAUGACCCCUUCGGUGAUCGAACGCACAGCUAUCAGGUUAUAAGGUGAACCCGUUGACCAGUGAUAAAUGGUCACGUGGUUAGCCUACUUUUUGUAUAAGAAAAUCAUUCGUUAUGAUAAACUUCUAUCCUUACUUAAUAAAUGUCAUCAAUCCUGCUGAAACACUGUGUAUGCGCCUAGUGUUUAACAAUAAGCCUGUAAGCCUCAUUUUUUGUCGAAUAUAUAUAUUUAUAGAAAGUGUCCAGGAUCUCACAGCAAUUCAGAAAUAUGAUCAGUACUGCGAACAUAAGGCUGAAGAUUACACCGAAAAAGCCAGUGAGGUCUAGAUUUCUUCAGUUUUUAGAAGCUAAAAGAGCUGAAGCUGCUUCAGCUUCGACUCAGAAAAAUCCCUCUCCUCAUAAAAAUAUCGUCGAUGUACUUUCUCCACUUGGUUUACGCCCCGUCACUGGUGUUCGUGAGGAUGAAACUAAUGACAAUAACAAUAAGUAAUCACUUGCAAGAUGAAGUAUUGGAACAACUGAGAGAAAAGAAAUGAAACAAUAUACUUCAGUUCUUCACCGUUUAAUCAAUAAUUUUGUGUACUUAUUCGUUAAUUAUGCUUACUUUACUCGACUAUAUCAUAUUAUUACUAUAUUUUGUUAUUGUUCUUACAAACAUGCAAAUAUUGUUUUGAUAUGUGCACAGUAACUCUGAUAGCUAUAUUCUUCAACAAACUUAAUCUCAAAAGUUUAUGCCUAUUUUUUUCUGUGUAUGUCUGUAUAUGUGUCUAUUCAUAACUUUAUCUUUUCGCUGUUAACACAGAAUUCAUUAAAUAUAUUUCUACAGAAAUAUACAUCAAUACUUUACUUAUCA